AUGGGUGGUGUCUUCUCCAAAUAUGACCUUGAUUCAUCCAUAGAAACCCUGUGGUCGUGGUGCUGGAGAUCGGAAAAUGACAUCAAGGCGAUCAAUUCGAGGACAAACCAAGGCAACAAUGCACAAGAUACAGGAUCGAGCGCAGACGUCCAAUCUCUUUCCAAAAAGGUUGAUGAUGUUGACGCAGAGAACGGUCACCUGCGCGAAAAUAUAGCCGCUCUUUCUACAAAGACCGAUCAGAAUAUUGCAGAGAUCAGUCACUGGAAAGCAGAAGUUGAAGCUCUACCUACCAAGUUUCAUGAUGUCCUCUACUCAGAGGUCAAUACUAUGAACGCAAAGUACCAGGCCCUUUCUACAAAGGUUGACAAUGGUUUCAACGACAGUCCACUAGCUGUCAACCGGGGGCUUGCUAUUGGGUUAUCUCUUGGCCUCGGGAUUCCUCUUACCAUAGCUGUGGUUUUCUUGUGUGCCAUGUGGAUUCGUCGCAAAUAUCCAUAUAUACCGCAACACAUGAACAACGAAGCAGCUGAAAACUAUAUCAAAAUACACAAGGCGACACGACAAAAAUCUCUCUCUAAGAAGAUCUGCGAUAUCUUUGAGGCCCUUGGUUUCAAAAAGAAGCAAGUGGUUCCGGAAGGGGAAGACUAUGUCAUGGGCAACACACCCACGAAGUAA